AUGGUGCAUUCUGACGACGCACUGAAAGGAGUUCCGCACGAGCUCUGUGAAUCUAAUUCUACUUUUAAGAUUGAUGCGAAUGAUACUAUUCGAGCUUUGGGACUCGAAUGGAAGCCAAAUUCGGACAGACUUCAGAUUAUCACAAAUACAAUAUGUCAUGCAUCCACAAAGCGCGAGAUGCUGUCCGCAAUUGGUAAACUAUUCGAUCCUUUGGGAUUGAUAAGUCCUAUUUUAACGGUAACUAAAAUCCUGAUGCAAAGUCUUUGGGAAAUCAAGACAGGCUGGGACGAUCCACUCCCGGAUUCGGUGCUAGACAAAUGGAAGGAAUUCCGAAAUUCCUUAAAUAAUACUCACGAGUUAUAUGUUCCUCGAUUAGUUGUAGAUGUAUCAAAGAAUUGUCGAUAUUCCAUGUUUGGAUUUUGUGACGCUUCCGAGAAAGCAUAUAGCACAUGUAUCUACAUACGAUCGGUAAGCGAAUCCAGCGAAGAAACGACAGUUAUUAUAUGCGCGAAAGCGAGGGUAACUCCUUUAAAGAAGCAAUCUAUACCUAGAUUAGAACUAUGUAGCGCGUUACUACUAUGUAAACUGAUCAAUAAUGUAAAACACGCCAUUCACAUUGAAAUCGAUGAAAUACGAGCAUGGUCUGAUUCCAUGGUCGUGCUGUACUGGCGUCGCGGCGUAGCGCAUCUGAUCUCAAGAGGAGUUUCACCUGUUCAGCUGAAGGAUAAUUCCUUAUGGAGGAAUGGCCCUAAAUGGUUGUCAUAUAUUCGUCCCAUUACAAGCGAAGGAAAUCUCGAUUUGGAAUUUGCCGAGGAUGCCAUACAUAGAGCCGAGAUUGAAGCUAAGCAACUCACUGCAGUUUGCAAUCUCAUCGUACCUCAAUUAUUGGUUUCCAACGAGACAAUCAACACACUCAUCACGAACUGCUCAACGUUCACAAGGAUUGAGCGGAUACUUGCCUAUUACAUUAGAUUUCUUCAUAAUUGCCGCAAAGGACAUGAAAACCGAGAACUAUCUAAAUUGAUUCUACCUCCUGAGUUGGAGUUAUCAAGACGCGAAGUACUCAAGCAUUUACAACGUGUCUACUUCGCGGAAGAGCUAAAAUGCCUUCAAAACAAACGAGAAUUAAGCAGAACUAGCCCAUUACUUCAGCUAUCAUUUUUAGACAAACAUGGUAUCAGGAUGAGCGGACGACUUCAGGGCGGCGCCUUGGAGUUUCGAAAGGAAACAUCCCAUCUUACUGCCCGCACAAUGCAAGAUCACACGUUAGCUGAUCGAAAGAGAGCAUCACGCUCUACUACAUGCUAA